AUGCAGCAGCGCGGCCCACCACCAGUCUCACGGUCACGCCGUCUUGCCUCUGCAGCUGGAGGCUUAAUAACCAGCUCAGGCAGCAGCAGUUCAAGCGCAGUGGCAGGGUCCGGCGGAACGAUGGGCCGACUCGCCGCGCAACCGCGGCUCCCGCCUCGAACGACGAAAGUCAGUGAGAAGCUGGUUCUUCUGCCUGACACCGGCGAGCUGGAGGAGGGUUCACCCGAAGAAGACGAAGACGAAGCCGAGGGUGCGGACCUCGUGGACGAAGAGCUUGUCGCACGUCUGGCCAAGGAGAAAAAUGUCGACCCGGAAAGGAUCAGACACCAAUUGCUUGUGUCGAAGCGACUUGGGGGUGAUUUCGGCAUCGAUAAUGAUCUUGCCCCUAUGCUGGCCGAGGAAGAGAUCUUGAAGAAACGCCGUGUUGCGCCUGAGCGCGCGAAGAGUUAUGCUGAGCGGUUGCCGAAGGCGCGGCGGACGGAGAAGCUUGCGCGUGUUACGGCGUACUGUACGGCUCAGGCGUAUAAGAUGGGAUCGCUUGCUGCUUUUGUUAAGGAGCAGCAUGGUGGGCGGACGAAGCUUUAUGAUGAUUGUCUUUACACGGCAUAUCAUCUUCCUCUUUUGCCGGGCCAUGAGGGGUAUCGUCUGCGGAGUAGCCCUGUGUUGAAAUACCCCGGUGGUAAGUCGCUGUUGGACGAGGAGAUUGAACGAAAUGAACUUCGUGAUUACCAUGAUGAAUACAUACUUGAGACGGAGGAGCAUUCAGUUGGUGGACACAAUCGUCCAGAGGAUGAGCACCAUUAUGAAGCAUCGCCGCGACAGCAUGAGGGCCAUGAUCCCCGGGAAGAAAACCGCGAGGAAUUUCUUAGUCGCAUCACUGAGGAAGUUCAUGGCCACCUCCCCAAUGAGCACGACCAUGAGCAUGCUGCCAGCUCUGGUGAAAGUGUUGAUGGGCUGCAGCGUAUCCCACCACUCCCGCAACCAGACAGCAAUGCAGGAACUCGGCAAUCCUCGCCUGAACCUGCACUCCGUCGCCGAAGACACAGCACAGAUGACAGCCACGCUUUGAUUCGAGACCGUUCCCCUCUACCAGCCCCUGCACCCUCGUCUUCAACACCGCAAGCCCCGGCUCGGACGUUAUACAAUGUUGCUGAGAUGUUCGUUUUCAGUUACGGUGUCGUUGUCUUCUGGAACUUCACCGAGCGACAGGAGAAAGACCUGCUGGCAGAUCUGGCCUUUGCGACGUCGUCUGCAACUGGUAUCCCUAUUCCUCUGGCAACAAUGCCUCUUGACGAGGAAGACUUUGAGACAGAGGAGUUCCACUUCGAGUAUUCGACCGAGAUCUCGCGUCCCGUGUCUAUAACGAUAUGA